UCGUGCAACGUGUCCGGGUCCAACCCACCGAACUGCCGCGCCGAAACCGUAAACAGCCCGCGCUGACGUAGUCGCACCUCGUCAGGUGACGCUUGGGCCCUGCGACGCCUGCGCACCUGGGUGGAUCCCCGAGCAGGUACUGCACGCGCACUUAUCGCCGGCCACAGAUAAACCGCACGAGCCGGACGCGGCGACGACGACAAGUGGUGCACGAUCCGAGUGGGAGGAAGAGCCGAGGUGAGUCCUCAGACCCAGACGGAGCCUGGAGGUUUAAUGACUGCACAGCCUUUAGUUGUACUUCCUAUUCCUGGUCGUCUCACCAUCCUACCAUGGAAACCAAGCCAGAGAGACACUCCAUGAUCAACGGCCCGUUGAUUUCCGUGCCUCACAGAGACACAAUCCGUCUGCUGGAGGUUUACGUCAAGCGCAGCAUCAGCUUAAAUGACGGGAACCUGAUAGAGAAGAGAAAGGAGAGGAAGGAAAAGUGGGUGACCAAGAAGCACCGCAGGCAUUCCAGUGACCCCUCGCUUCACCUGGACGACCAGUUAAACGACGAGGAGGCCAGCACGGUGGUGGAGCCCCUCCCGGUCCGGUCUGGUCCGCUUCCCAGCGAGGUGUCCUCCGCGAAGCCCGGCAAAAAGUCCAAGAAGACCAAGAAGCCCUCGUUUUGGAAAGGUCUGUUCAGCAUCUUCAGCCGGAAGAGCAACGAGGACAAAGACGACGAGCCGGACAGCGGCCCGGAGGCGCCCGACGCCUUCGAGGACGACAACGUGUCCACUGCUCCGACCAACUGCCUGCCGACACCCACCAUCACGUUACAGAAGAAGAAGUCGUUGAGGAGAAAGUCCAGCAGAAGGAGGGCCUCCAAAAAACACCGCUCUCUGAUUAAACCAAAUAAACUGAGUCAAGACCACAACUUGGCCGACAUCACUGGAGUGGAAGCUGUGGAACCUACGUAUUCUUACUACGAGAAGGUGUCAGAGGAACUGGAAAAAAUAGUCCACGAAGUUAAAGUCAAAGAGGAAGUUCGACCUCUUUUAGAUGAGGAAUUAAUGAACAGGAUCCUUGCUCUGACGAAGGAGGAGAGCGAUGCCAUAGACGACAAGCUCAAAGAUAAUUCCACCCUGAACAACUUCUUCCAGGGCAUGUCGUACACCUCCUUCCAGCGCUUGGCUGACGCCUACCUGGAGAAGGAAGCGCCGCCGACCACCGAGCCUCUCACCGUCUUACCAACAGCACCCGAGCUGGUCAAACUGGCAUUCACGCUGGACUUCACGGCCAGGAUCGCCGGGCUCUCCAGGCAGAAUCUGAGUCACAUCACGUGUCUGGGGAACCGCUACCUGCAGGACAGAUUCGAGUACAAACAGGCGUGCACGGAUCAUCCCUGGUCCGACUGCGAUGACUGAAAAACUGUGCAGAAUCAGAAACACUGGUGCAAUAAUAGGUGUCAAGUCUUGGUCCAAUAUCACAGAUGAGGUUAAAAACAUGUUGCAAGCAAAGGUCCCCUUUUGGGUAUUUUUAGAAUAGAGAACUGCCCUGAUGGUAGACCCGUUUUAUUUUCACUUUUGCAUUAGAUCACUUGUGUAGUAGUUCAACAUGAUGUGAAAAAUGAGCACUUGGCAGAUCUGGGUGUGUUGAAAUGUGGGACGAAACAGAGACACUAAAAAUGUCAAGACCAUCACUGUAAUAACUUUUAAUUAUUCCAAAGGACCUCGCAAUCAUUUCUUAAACUUAAGAUAAUAAGCUAAACAAAUAUGAACUAAGCUGUGACCUAAUUGUUGUUAUGAAUGCUGGCAUUCAUAUUAUAGAAUGAAAUAAAAGAUAUUUUUUAUAA